AUGGCAAUGGCUCCACAACAUCAUCAUCAGCGGAUGAAAAAGAAUAUGAGGAACAAUUCUUUUCUCAUCCAUUGCCUAAGCAACCCUGUUUUUUUUUUCUCACUGAAAAUCCAUGGAAAAAACUCAGGAGGACGCAGCGUAAACGGCGUUUCACAACACUGAACUGGACAGUUUUUAUUGCUAAUGGAAUCCGCAGCAUUCAUCCACAUUGCAGUUUUGCAUUCAAGCACCACAAUGUCCAAUCGAUCGGGUCGACUAGAAAUGCACCUGUAUUUUAUUGUUCAGGCUACUGUCUUUUUAAAGACUGCCCUGUUAAAGUUCAGGUGACAGUACAAGAUGAGGCAUCACUAAGGCGGUUGUGACCUUUAGUGGAGACAGAGUGUGGCACCACAGCGAAGAACUGCAAAGACGUCCGGUGCGGGCAGAUGAAAGGGAUGCCAUAGCGGAUGUCCUCACCACCAAACUGCCAAGAACAUUAUAUUUACAAAAAUUGGAUAAUCUGGAAGACAGUGUUGUGGAAUCUGGAUGUCGAGAUGACGUCCCUACAACCGGUGUCAUGAAAACGCUCUCAUGCAAUAGCCGGAAAAAAAACAGAAGACACAAAAACGAAAUGAUUAGUUUAGAAAUUAUUCGGGAGGAGGAGCAAGAGCAAGAUUCAGAGGAUGCAGUUAUCCAAAAAAUAAUAUUGCAGCCCAAAAGCAUUAUGCUUUGGUGUGACAAGACUCUCAACUUGUUUUAUGAGCGGUGCAAAUCUGACAUUGUUUAUUUGGAUGCGACGGGCAGCAUUGUGCACAAAGGAAAGGGGCAAACUGCCCCAUUCUAUGUGUACGAAAUGGUGGUGAGACAUCCAUCAAAAGGAUCCUCCCCUGUUCCUGUGGCCACUUAUCUGACAAACGACCACACCACAACAUCCGUGUCAUAUUUCCUGGGGUCCUUUGUGACGGACUUAAGAAGACUCCACGGAAGAAGAGUGAAUAAAGGGCCAGCAAUGUUGAUCUGUGAUGGCUCCAUAGUCCUCCUGCAGGCACUCUCCUACAACUUCUGUGAAUUGAGCCUUCAGGAACUGCUGUGCAAGUACUAUCACAUUACAACCGGACAAGGGCAAGAGGACUCAAUAGGGCUUCCGAUUUUGCAUCGCUGCUUGAGUCAUGUGAUGAAAAAUGCAAAGGACCUAUGCCGAAAACAUGCCUCCCAACAUUACCACCUGGCAAUGCAUGUGUUUGGCCUCAUGACCCAGGCUACAACACUUGAAGACAUGGAUGAAGUUGUCAUCAGUGCUGCCAUGGUGUUUUCCAGUUCCCAAAGUGAGAGGAAUGUUGAAAAACACUUCCAAAAUCUCCAGAGGCUGUUGUUAAAAGCAGGACAUACUGGCAGUGAUGACACAAACAUUGUGGAGCAAGACUUUGUGGCUGCUCUUUGGUCUGGCUUACUCCUGGGUGACCUUGGACGCCAUGGAACGGGUCCUGUGUAUGACAGGCUUACUCAGAAGUUCAAAAUAACUGCCCGUAAACCCACACAGAAUUACACCAAAGACAACAAAACACAAGGGAUAAUGGAAAAAAGCCAGUGGGACCUCAAAAAGAUCCGCUUUCAACAGAGACGGCUAACCAGACUGGACGAUUAUUUAUAUACAUACAAGCUCACACUGAAUGCCCUUCUAAGGGAAUACAGUGACUCCAUGAAGAGGAAGAGGAAGACACACCGUGUGGAUCUGGAGCGGUGGAAACAACAACAUCAGAAGAGGCGAGGAGUUUAUGUGUCCCCUCUAAUAAAGCCUUUUGUUUUCAAACAGCAGAAGAAAAAGACAACACAGAAAACACACGGAUUGUCAACAAGCAAUCAGUUUCAUGCUUCAUCACAGAAACCAACAGACAAGGUCACUACCAAAAUCCAAUCAGACAUGACAGGCCAUCAUGAGGAGGAUACAAAGGGAAGCAUUGUUCAAAGUCCAGUGGAUGCUCCAUCUCAGCUCAAGGAAUUGUGGAAAAGAAGUGACACAGAAGUGGUUGUGUCUGUGGUCCCCUCUCAAAUCAGAGGGAACAGCUUCAUAAUCCACCACAGUGAGCUACGGACACUUAGACCUCACCAGUGGCUUUUGCAUCACUUUUCUAAUGAGCUCCAUUUGGAGAGAAUGAUUUAUAUUCUAAAUCAUUACACGGCUGGUGUGAUCCUCUUUGGGAACAGAGAACAGAUCAGGAGGAACACUUUGUCUAAGAUCAACUUUGACAACUAUAAAGCAAUUGUGUCUUUUGUGAACAUACACAAUUCCCACUGGAAGCUUCUGUACAUCAAUGCAGCAGAAAAAAACGUGUAUUUGGUUGACCCAGCACGCAGGUCCACAGAGCUGACAGACUCAGACCAUGCUGCAAAAAGAAUAUGUGAAUACUUCAAACUGAGGAGGACCUGCCACAGCAAGACUGACUGGGUGGACAUCAAAUUCAAAGGGGGUGUUCUGCAACACCCACUGCAGCAGGAUGGAGAUAGCUGUGGGGUACUUGUAAUCAUGAUGGCAAACGCAGUCAUGGAGGCCUUUCCGAAAAUACCAAACAUUGCAUUUGGUACAACAAAGACAGAGAUGGAACAUCAGCGUAAACAUUACGCUCUGCAAAUACUUAAAGCCUCAGUGUUUGACAUAGAUAACAACUGUGCCAUGUGCUCAGCGACAAAACCACCAGGUCCAGGGCCUUCCUUCACUAACUGGAUUCAGUGUGACAGAUGUAGCCGGUGGUUUCAUGCCCAGUGCCUCCAGAUGGACACAGCCCAGAUUCAAAAUGUGCAAACCGCUGACUGGAAUUGCUGUCUGUGUCAAAAAUAAUUCCACAAUCAGUAUGUGCUAUGUCUUUUUUUUUUUUAUGUUCACUGUUUUCUUCGUCUGUGUAUGAAAGAGUCGCCUAAAACACAUAUUUUGCCUUUCAUAGUAUUACCAGCUGCAAAAGCAACACUGGUAUUGUUUUCACUUUGUGAGUCUGUGUGCAAGUCCCCAGGUGUUAAUAUUGCUAUCUCUGUGUACAGAUUUUCUCAUCCCGAUAGCAACCGUGAACGAUGCAGUCACAAAACUUUACAGGUGUUUAUUUUUUAUCAAACUGAAGGCCGCGUUUGAAGAUGGGUGUGGCCCAACAAUGGCACCUGAAUUACGGAAUUAAAAGGAAGGGGUUGAUCAGGACUUUACGCCCCUUAAACAAUUUAGCAUCAUGGCCGUUUAGGUUUUUAUAAUUUUAUUUUUCGUUUUAAUAACACAGUUGAGUGAUGUUUUGUGUUUUUACAUAAAGGUUUUAGGUUCCCAUUUUAUACAAAAUGACAUAAAAAAAAGUUUUACGUUGUUAUAAAGAACAAAGCUUUUGACAACUACUCCGGUGUUUUAUUUAUAAAACUA